AUGCCGCGACUCUCCUUCCUGGCCUGGCUCUGCCUCGUCGAUGCGCAGGACGACUCCUCGCUCGCUCUCGCUCCUCUCAUGGACGGAGCGCUCGCCGCGACGGCCAUGCUCGUGACGGGAGGACAGCUCACGGCGGAGGAGGAGCUCGGUGCCGUCAGCAUGAUUCUGCAGGCCGAGCCAAAGUUCCUCAUGCUUGCCAAGCACUUUGGCCAGGCGCCCUCCUACGCGACGCACCUGCGUGGUGCGCUUGGGCAGCGGCCCGCCGUCGAGCCAGCCACGCCCACCACUUGCACGACCCCGGCAGCGGCCGGCGACCCGCUCGUAGCAAGAAGGUCGGUCACUGCGUUCGCUGCGAUCCCGGUGCCGGAGGCGGUGGUGCAGCGCGCACUCGAGGCGGCCAUCCUCGCCCCGAAUCACUUCCUGACCGAGCCGUGGCGCUUCUACCUCGCGGGCCCCGAGACACGUGCGAAGCUCUGUGCGCUGAAUGAGGCCAAGCGCGAGGCGUUCGAGAAAGUGCCCGGCUGGCUGAUCGUGUCGCUCGUGCCCUCGGAGCUCGCGCCGGACGGCAGCUUCAGCACCAAGAAGGGGCUCGAGGACCACGCCGCCACCGCGGCCGCGAUACAGAACUUCAUGGUCAGCCUGGCGGCCGCGGGCGUGGGCUCCAAGUGGAUGACCGGCGCACUUGGCGUGCCGCCGGAGAAGGUGCUCGAGGCGGUGGGCGCCGACGUAGGCGCCGAGCGCUUCAUGGCCGCAGUCUGGUUUGGCUACCCUGAAACGCCGCUCUCCGCCGACCCCUCCCGCGCGCCGAAGCGCAAGAAGGGGCUGGAUGGCGUGCUCACGCGCACGGCGUAG